AUGCCUGCAUACAUACUGUUUGUGAAUGAAAAGGUGUUGAUGCAGCUAUUAAAAGGCUUCUUCAUUGGCACGAGUGAGGAUGAAGCUGUUUUGAGUUUUCUUUUGGCAGAUUUUUGGCUUUUGUUUCUUGUGCAGUGUUUUUCCUCCUCCACCAAAUUGUUCCUUUGCACUUGCGGUCCCACACUUCUAUUUGUAAAGAUUAGCCAAGGUAAAGAAGAGGGAAGAAGAUUUUAUGCUUGUUCAGCAUGUAGAGAUAGAAAAGACUGUAAUUUUUUUCAAUGGGAAAAUGAGAAGGUGUCAGAAGCUAGACUUUUGGCACGCAAAGAAGUUAACAGAAAUUGUCGACCAUCUUUGUCGCACAGACAGAACAUGGAAAGGUAUAAAGAAUUUGUUCUGUUGCCGUUAUCAAAAAGGAAGUUUUGUCAAGAAUGCCAGAAGUUGCUAUUGCCAAUGGAGUGGGACAAACACUCUGACCAUCAGGUACUUCAUGAUCUCUCUGUUGCCCAUUUACAAAGGCCCAGUCAACUUUUGUGUCCACUGGAGAAUAAGAAGACAAAUGCUCAGUAUCUGUUUGCAGAUAGAAGUUGUCAGUUUUUGCUGGACCUUAUCAUUGCAUUAGGAUUCAGAAGAGUGCUCUGUGUUGGCACACCAAGGCUUCAUGAAUUGAUCAGAUUAAAAGCGUCACAAGAACAGGAGUCCGAUGUUAAAAGCCUUCUGCUAGAUAUUGAUUUCAGGUAUUCACAGUUUUAUACAGAGGAAGAGUUCUGCCACUAUAAUAUGUUUAACCAUUAUUUCUUUGGUGGAGAGGCUGCACAUGAAAUCUGUAGAAAAUUCUUGCAUCAAGAGAAAGGUGAAGGAGUCAUAUUAGUGACUGAUCCCCCAUUUGGAGGUUUGGUGGAGCCCUUGGCUUUUAGUUUUAAAAAGCUAAUUGCAGCAUGGAGAGAGGUACAAGGGGAAGAUCACAGCAGCAAAGAUUUACCAAUUUUUUGGAUAUUUCCAUACUUCUUUGAGUCUCGCAUUCUUGAAUUUUUUCCAGGCUUUAGUAUGAUGGAUUACCAGGUAGACUAUGAUAAUCAUGCUCUUUAUAAACAUGGAAGGACAGGCCGUAAACAGUCUCCUGUUCGCAUAUUCACCAACAUUUCCCCCAGCAUGAUUGUACUUCCUGUGGAAGAGGGUUACAGGUUUUGCUCUGUGUGUCAGCGAUAUGUUAGUUCAGGGAACCAACAUUGUGAUAUCUGCAAUUCAUGUACAUCAAAAGAUGGAAGACGAUGGAAUCAUUGCUUUCUUUGCAAAAAAUGCGUAAAGCCUUCUUGGAUUCACUGCAACACUUGCAAUCGCUGUGCUCUGCCAGGUCACACUUGUGACAGAGCUAAAACUAGUUGCUUUAUUUGUGAUGAAGCAGGUCACAAACGCAGCACCUGCCCUAAUCUCUCUGUGGCUGAAAGAGCUUGCCAAGCUGACAGAAAGCGGAGGCUAAAGAAGAACAAGAUAAAAAUGGAUAAUGUUAAAAGACCAUCUGUGAAGCAUGCUACGUUCCCACGGAAAAAAAUAAAGAAAAAGAAAAACACUCUUGCUUGUUAAUACUCAAGUUACCUAAAACUGUGAAUGAUUUUACAGCCAAUUUUUGCUUCCAUUUGCUGUAAAUGUUAAUAUGAUAUUUUAGAUAAAGCCGGUUUGAAUUAAAAA